AUGGCAACCAACACAAAGCAGACAAAACAAGACACCAAGCAAGCUGGGAAAAAUAAGCAAGGAGAAAGAACCAAGAAUGAAAAUAUAUCCAAAGAAAUAAGCGACAUGGGAACACUUGCCAAAGAGAGGAAAUCGUACUUGCAGAAGGAAUACAAGAUUCUCACUGACCAUAUGAACACAUACACAGGAAAAGUGGAACAUUUCCUGCAGGAAAAUAAAUUCCUAGAACAGGAAGCCCAACGGAAUCUGGAAGAGAGCAGUGCUUGCCUCUCUUACAUAACAAAACACAGCCUGAAGUGCCAGAAUCUGAUAAUAACACUAAAUGACCAGAAUCAUACUGACCUGUCUCAAGUCCAGAUGCAGAAAGAGAAGCUAAUCUCACAGUAUACAGAAAAAGAGAAGGAGGUACGGAACUCUCUGAUGAAUAUACAGACAAAGUAUUCUCUUAUGAACAAGGAGGUUGAAGACCUGCAGCCUUUCAAAGACGAGCUGGAACAGACAAAAAAAAUUAAAGAGCUGGAGAAGGAACUGUUGGUCACAAAGAUACAGCAUUCAGAUGAAAUGCACAAAAUCAAGAGCAGAUUUCUGCAGGCCAAGACUGACUGUGAGGUGGACUUUCAUCAGAAGAUCCAGGUUCUCACCAAGACAGCAGAAGCAGCAGCAGUACAGUCUCUAAUUCAGCAUAUCAAGCAAGUAAAAGCAGAGAAUCGGAAACUACGCCAGGAAUUGCUCAGACUCAUCCAGUACUCAAAAAUCCUUCAAGAAACCAAAGCUGAGCUGAGAGAGCAGCACCAGCAGCUCCUCCGGGAGCACCAAUACACUCAGGCCAUGGCACACACGCGCCACUGGUUACACCAGCACGAGGCAUGCAGCACAAAUGGCAAAACCUGCAACUCUCACAGCCCAUUCAGAUGUGUCCAUUAA